GGGCGACCUCUCACCUGAGGCGAUUUGAGGUCAGCGACGGAGGAAAUUCUCCCCGUGAGAGAAACGCCUUUCUGAAAUGUGAGCGUUUGAUUUCAGGAGUGGAUCAUGCCAUUCCAGAAGCAGCAGCUCACUGCUUGUGAGUCACCGAAGUUCCUCCCUUAAUCCCCCCCCACAAUUGUUCUCAAGAAGUACCGAAGCGGGGCCUCUAGAAACUGCAGGCCUUCUAGGUUCUAGGUUGAAUGCGAACUUUCUCUAUCAUCAACUCACUCGGACUUCCUGCUCUCUGGCGGUUGAAGACACAAGCUCGUAAAGGAUCACGAUUGCUCGAGUACCUCAUUCCAAUCGAAGACAACAUGUCUUUCGCGGCCACACCGUUGACUUCCGUCACCAUCAUCUCGGCUCCGUACCACGUCGGCCUCCGCGCAAGUCCAAUCCACCGCAGCCGCGUGAGCGAAGGACCCGAGUACAUCAAAUCAGCAGGCCUUCUCUCCCGCCUCCGCGACUCCGGCGUCACCGUACAUGAGGUCGAAAUCCCGCCCGUAGCCGACGAUUUUGAAGGCGAGAUCGGCCGCACCUUUGAGAUCCUGCGCCGCCUCUCGCGGGCCGUCACCGCAGCCCGCAACCAAUCCUCGUUCCCCAUUGUCCUCGCCGGGAACUGCUGCGCCAGCGUAGGCGUCGCUGCCGGUUUGUGGGGUUCCAACGAUCUCACGGAGGCAAAAGACGACGCGCUCGGGUGCGUCUGGUUUGAUGCCCAUGACGACUACAACAUUCCUGACUCCGUGGUCAGCGGGUAUUUCGAUAGCCAGGGGAUCGCCAUGAUGGCUGGCGAGUGCUGGAAGGCGCUGCUGGACACGAUUCCAGGUUUCCGGCCCAUUCUGUUGCGGAACGUGGUACAUUGCGGGAUGCGAGACGUGAAUGACCUGGAGCGGGCCCGUGUUGAGGCCUCGGACAUGGGCGUCGUCUGGGGCGGCGAACGAAAAAGCGCGGAUUUCGCAGAUGGUUUGAAGAAUGAACUGCUUGAGAGAUUUGCAGGGGACAAUUAUACCGCGACUCUACUUCACGUUGACAUUGAUGUACUGGAUGGGACCGUGGGGAAGGCAAACCAGUUUGCAACGCCUCCGGGUGGCCUUCUUAAGAAAGAUAUGGAAGGCUGUAUACGGGCUAUCUGGGAGUGGACAAUACCGUUGGCACUGCCGGUAGCACUGACGAUUGCAUCGUUUGAUCCGCUGUGCGAUGGGGAGGACUCGGCACGCCGACUCGCCGGAAUUGCUAUAGAUGUUGCAGAAAGGGUCCUAGACGGCUUGAAGGCUCGUGGUUAUCUCAAGCCGUAAUGAAAAUAGCGUAAGCUCCACAGUUGUUGAAGGAACAUGUCAAAAUAGAUUGCUGGUCUACCCUUCAACAACUCUGAUAGUGCAUCUUG